GUCGCUGGGCCGCGUGCGGUUUGCUUCGCGUCUCGUCUUUCCUCCGUCCCGGCGUCAACCAAACGACCCCGUCCGCCCGCCGUAGAUCACGAGGAGAAAGGAAUCGGCUCCGCCGCCGCCGCCGCCGACGCCGAGAGAGGAUGAGCUACCAGCAGGUCCCUCCGCAGGAGUCCUACCCGCCGCCAGGGUAUUCGCCGGUGUACCCGCCGCCGGCCGGCGGGCAGCAGGGCCCGUACUACCCGCCGCAGCAGCAGCAGCCGCCGCCGCCUCCGGGGUACCAGGGCUACUUCAGCCAGGGCCAGCCGCAGCAGCCGCCGCCAUACUACUACCCGCCGCCGCCGCCGCAUGGUGGCCAUCACCACCACGGCCACCACCACCAUGACCACCACGCCGAGGACCACCACCAUCACCAUGGUCACCACCACCACCACCACCACAACGAUGAUGACUGCUGCCUUGGUUUCCUCAAAGGAUGGUUGGCCGCUCUAUGCUGCUGCUGCUGUCUGGAGGAGUGCUGCUGCUGCUUCUGGUGAUGUGCAUGCUUAUAAGCUAUUCGUGUCUUGCAUCUUCGAAAUGGUGUGCCAGUGUCUAGGGAAUCUUAUUGCUUGUUAUUCUUCCUCUAUAUGAAGGAUUCAGUUACCUGUGUCAAAUAAACGGUGUUUAUUGAUGAACUGCUUGGACCAUGGAUGAAAAGUAUUGUGCAAAGUGUACAUGAUCCAGACUUUAUAUUUAUCAUCGGCUGAUUGUGGAUA